UUGCAGAUACACACAUGCAAAGUGCAAUGGCAGAGGAGUUUGUUACAAUGACCACUCUUGAUUUUUUACUUCCCAGGGUAAAAGAAAUAGCAUAUCGCCCCCCUUUAAAAAAGAAAAUAAGUUUUUAAAAGAGGAAACCAUGACUUCAAACAGCUUCUUUGAGUCAUUUCCUUCUUACCAGCAGUGCUUCGUGCGAGAUACCAGCACGAGCCGCCGCUUCACGCCGCCCUCGACCGCGCUGAGCCCGGGCAAGAUGAGCGACGCGCUGCCGCUGGUUGGCCACGAGAACGGCGGCGGCGGCGGCGCCCUGGCGGGCAAGAUGAGAACCGCGGACCGCAGCAUGGUGGAGGUCCUGGCCGAUCACGCCGGCGAGCUGGUGCGCACCGACAGCCCCAACUUCCUCUGCUCCGUCCUUCCGACCCACUGGAGGUGCAACAAGACGCUGCCCAUCGCCUUCAAGGUGGUGGCCUUAGGAGAUGUCCCUGAUGGGACUCUGGUCACAGUGAUGGCUGGAAAUGAUGAAAACUACUCUGCAGAACUCAGAAACGCUACUGCUGCCAUGAAGAAUCAAGUAGCAAGAUUUAAUGAUCUGAGAUUUGUGGGUAGAAGUGGAAGAGGGAAGAGCUUCACUUUGACUAUCACUGUCUUCACAAAUCCUCCACAAGUAGCCACAUACCACAGAGCCAUCAAGAUCACAGUGGACGGGCCUCGAGAACCAAGAAGACACCGUCAGAAACUAGACGAGCAGACAAAGCCUGGGAGUUUAUCCUUUUCAGAGCGUCUGAGCGAAUUGGAGCAGUUGCGUCGCACAGCCAUAAGGGUCAGCCCACACCACCCAGCCCCCACUCCUAACCCAAGAGCUUCCUUGAACCACACCACUGCUUUUAACCCUCAGCCUCAGAGCCAGAUUCAGGAUACAAGGCAACUUCAGCCAUCUCCUCCGUGGCCUUACGAUCCAUCCUAUCAGUAUCUGGGAUCAAUUGCAACUCCUUCGGUUCAUCCAGCAACCCCAAUUUCACCUGGAAGGGCGAGUGGAAUGACGUCUCUCUCUGCAGAACUCUCAAGCCGACUGACAAGUGCUUCUGACCUAACAGCAUUCAGUGAUCCAAGAGUGGGAAUUGACCGUCCUUUCCCUGCGAUUCCUUCCAUUUCUGAUCCUCGCAUGCACUAUCCCGGAGCGUUCACCUAUACUCCCACACCUGUGAGCUCAGGAAUAGGAAUCGGUAUGUCUGCCAUGACCACUGCCACAAGAUAUCACACUUAUCUGCCCCCUCCAUACCCAGGUUCUUCUCAGGCUCAAGGCAGCCCAUUUCAGACCAGCUCCCCUUCCUAUCAUCUCUACUAUGGAACGUCAGCAGGGUCAUACCACCAGUUCUCUGUGAUGUCUGGAGGAGAUCGGUCGCCUCCACGCAUCCUUCCUCCUUGCACUAAUGCUUCCACAGGAUCUACUCUCCUCAAUCCCAACCUUCCAAACCAAAACGAUGUUGUGGACACAGAAGGCAGCCAUAGCAACUCCCCUACCAACAUGGCAACCACAGCAAGGCUAGAAGAAGCAGUAUGGCGGCCGUAUUGAAUCAUUAGCACAGCUGUUUUGUCUGCCGAAUGGCUGAGGACUCUACCAGGUUUAUAUAUCGUUACAGAGAAGCAAUCCAUCCAGAAGUCAGUAUUUCCAGGAAUGGUGUCAUGGUGUUAUCCAAUUGACAUUGGUCACUGAGGUGACAGUAUUCCAGAAAAGUACAUUCAUCCAAGGGCUGAACUUCUGAAGAUGAGAACAUUUUAAGACGAUGGUACCUACUCACUCACUUUUUCUAGAGAUAUGGGGAAGGAUAGAUACUUGGUAUGUUUCCAGAGCUUGAGACUU